UGACUUCUCAGGAAGCGAAAGUGUAAACGCUUCCGGGUUAUUGGACAGGAGCCUGGCUGCCAUUGGUCGGGCUGUCAAACUGGUGACCUGUGAUUGGCUGCAGAGUGGCCGGGCUGGUGUGUGAUUGGCGACGUUACCGGGUUGUACUUUGGGAUUGGUUCGAUAGUCGGUGCAGCGUGUGAUUUCGCAGCGUCACUGCUGUGCGGGGCCCUGUUUGAAUGAGACUGGGUGAAGGCGGCUGCCAGGAGAGCGGAUCGUGCGCCCCGAGAACCCACCAUGCCCAUCUAUACAGUGAACGUGAAGUGGGGGAAGGAGAAGUUUGAUAAUGUUGAGCUGAACACCGAUGAGCCUCCGAUGGUCUUCAAGGCCCAGCUCUUUGCCCUGACUGGGGUACAGCCAGACAGACAGAAAGUCAUGGUUAAAGGAGGAACCUUAAAGGAUGAUGAUUGGGGUAACCUUAAGAUAAAAAAUGGCUUGAGCCUGUUGAUGAUGGGCUCUGCUGAAGCUCUCCCUGAGGAGCCUGCGGUGAGGCCCAUAUUUGUAGAAGACAUGACAGAGGAGCAGUUGGCUUCUGCAAUGGAAUUGCCUUGUGGAUUAACAAACCUUGGGAACACUUGUUACAUGAACGCAACAGUUCAGUGUAUUCGCUCGGUGCCAGAGCUAAAAGAGGCUCUUAAGCGCUAUACGGGUGCCCUAAGAGCUUCUGGUGAAAUGGCCUCUGCUCAGUAUAUUACUGCAGCCCUACGUGAUCUAUAUGAAUCAAUGGAGAAGACCUCUUCCAGUAUCCCGCCAAUCAUCCUGCUUCAGUUCUUGCACAUGGCCUUCCCACAAUUUGCAGAAAAAGGGGAACAAGGACAGUAUCUACAACAGGAUGCCAAUGAAUGCUGGGUACAAGUUAUGAGGGUGCUUCAGCAGAAGUUGGAACCUAUAGAAGGAGACACAGAAAUGGAGACCGAUUCAGAAGCUGCUGCUGCUGCUGCUGCACCAAAGAAGAAGAGUUUUAUUGACCAAUUUUUUGGCAUUGAGUUUGAUGCAACCAUGAAAUGUACUGAAUCGGAAGAGGAAGAAGUAACCAAAAGCAAAGAAACUCAACUCCAGCUCAGCUGCUUCAUAAACCCAGAAGUGAAAUAUCUCUUCACAGGCCUCAAACUGCGCCUUCAAGAUGAAAUCACCAAACAUUCUCCGUCAUUACAAAGGAAUGCUUUAUAUAACAAAACUUCCAGGAUAAGCCGUUUACCCGCCUACUUGACAAUCCAGAUGGUGCGGUUCUUUUAUAAAGAGAAGGAGUCUGUGAAUGCCAAAGUUCUUAAGGAUGUAAAAUUUCCUCUCAUGCUGGAUAUAUAUGAGUUAUGCACACCGGAGCUGCAGGAGAAGAUGGUCCCUUACCGAUCUAAGUUUAAGGAUGUAGAGGAUAAAGUUUCAGGGCAGCCACCUAAAGCAAUCCAGACUGCACAAAAAGAAGUGAAGUAUGAACCUUACUGCUUUCCGGAUGAUGUUGGUUCCAACAAUUGUGGUUAUUAUGAACUGCAGGCAGUUCUCACGCACCAGGGAAGAUCAAGUUCUUCAGGACACUAUGUUUCAUGGGUCAAGAGGAAACAUGAUGAAUGGAUAAAAUUUGAUGAUGACAAAGUGAGCAUUGUGUCUCCUGAAGACAUACUGAGGUUGUCAGGAGGAGGAGACUGGCAUAUAGCAUAUGUUCUUCUAUAUGGACCCAGGAGAAUCCAAGCUACUGAAGAAGAAGCAGAACAAUAAUGACAUUUGUCGUUUUAGUCAUUUUUUUUUUCUUAGGUGUGAAAUAAAUGUUCUACGAUUAGAAUCGCCUGACCUGGAUUUUUUUUACUUAAUUUUUUUUAUUUUAUUUUAGAGGAAGGUGGGAAUUGUAUAGUUCAAUUCACCUUGGUGCAAAAACUGUGAUAAUCCUCACUAUUUCUAUUUGAAGAGCUGUAAAAAAACUAAAGCUACCUUUUUCCUAUUGUCUUAAAAAAAUUUUAGAAUUGGAAUGAAAAAAUGACUAAAUGUCCAGCCACUGCCCGGUGGUGCUAAAACUAUUUUUGUACACCAUAACGGAACGACAAUAUUUAUUGCACACCUACAUCAUUCAUUGUUACUAUUGCAUGGUUUAUACCACAGUACUUGCCGUCGCCUUAUCUGACGUUCUGCCAGGAAGGAGGAAGUAUACGUGUUGCCUCAUUGUAACAGUGCUGCUUCCCAUAACUUAAGACAUGGCCACAGUCGUGUGUCCAGCUUCAUCUAUCUGGUCCAGGCCAAUGUUGGCAUUCUGGUGACUUCAGAAUAAAAUUGUGAUCAAUU